AUGGCGAAUGAAGACAAGGAGAAUGUGGCCAUUGAACCCCUCCUUGAGCCGAACCCCAGUAGGUUUGUUGUGAUGCCCAUCCAAUACCACGAUAUAUGGGAGUUCUACAAGAAGGCAGUGGCUUCCUUCUGGACCGUGGAGGAGGUUGACUUGACGAAAGAUCUCACUGACUGGGAGAGACUGAAUGAUGGUGAGCGUCACUUUAUCUCCCACGUGCUGGCUUUCUUCGCAGCCAGUGACGGAAUUGUGAACGAGAAUUUGUGCAUGAACUUCUGCCAAGAGGUUCAAAUUCCGGAAGCUCGUUGUUUCUAUGGGAUGCAAAUUGCAGUAGAGAACAUCCACUCGGAGAUGUAUUCACUGCUCAUCGAUACCUACGUGAAAGAGCCGGCCAAGCGUGAUUUUCUCUUCAAUGCGAUUGAGACUCUGCCAUGUGUGAAGAAGAAGGCGGAUUGGGCACUGAGGUGGAUCGCGAACAAAGACGCGACGUAUGCGGAGCGUGUUAUGGCGUUUGCUGCAGUGGAGGGGGUUUUCUUCUCGGGUUCAUUCGCCUCGAUCUUCUGGUUGAAGAAGCGUGGCCUAAUGCCGGGUCUCACCUUCAGUAACGAGUUGAUUAGCCGUGACGAGGGUCUGCACACAGAUUUCGCCUGUCUGAUUUUCAAGCACAUCGUGAACAAGCCGUCGGCUAAGCGUGUCCAUGAGAUCAUGCGUGAUGCUGUUGAGAUUGAGUGUGAAUUCCUCACUGACGCUCUUCCCGUUGAUUUGAUUGGCAUGAACUGUCGAUUGAUGUGCCAGUACAUAAGAUAUGUGGCUGACCGCCUUCUGAGUGAGCUGGGUUAUGAGAAGAUCUACAAAGACACAAACCCCUUCGAUUUUAUGGAGAACAUCUCUCUGGAAGGCAAGACCAAUUUCUUUGAGAAGCGUGUUGCUGAAUACCAACGUGCAGGUGUUAUGUCUCGAAUGAGAGGUGAAGAUACCCACAAGUUUACAACCGAUGAAGAUUUCUAA